GCAAGGGGCAGUUGGUGAACCUGCUGCCUCCAGAGCACCUUCCCUGGUGUGGAGGCAGCCAGGGACCCAGGAUGCUCCGGACCUGUUACCUGCUCUGUUCCCAAGCUGGUCCCCCGGCGAGGGGCUGGCAGCCCCUGAGCUUUGAUGGUGGCGCCUUCCACCUCAAGGGCACAGGAGAGCUGACACGGGCCUUGCUGGUUCUCCGGCUGUGUGCCUGGCCCCCACUGGUCACUCACGGGCUGGCGCUCCAGGCCUGGUCUCAGCGACUCCUGGGCUCCCGGCUCUCAGGUGCAUUUCUCCGAGCAUCCAUCUAUGGGCAGUUUGUGGCUGGUGAGACAGCAGAGGAGGUGAGGGGCUGCGUGCAGCAGUUGCGGACCCUCAGCCUCCGACCACUGCUGGCAGUGCCCACUGAGGAGGAGCCGGACUCUGCUGCCAAGAGCGGGUGAGUAGGGAGCCAGGGCCAAGGGAGGCUGGGAGGACGCAGGAAGGGACUUUGCAGGUCGGGACCUGACGCCCGCUGGCUGGGCAGUGAGGCCUGGUAUGAGGGGAACCUCGGCGCUAUGCUGCGGUGUGUGGACCUGUCGCGGGACCUCCUGGAGCCCCCCAGCCUGGCUGAGGCCAGCCUCAUGCAGCUGAAGGUGACAGCGCUGACCAGCGCUCGGCUCUGUGUAAGGACUGCAAAGAUGGGGGGUGCCAGGAGGGCGCGGCUGCCCACCAGGCUCCCCUCACCACCCCACCUACCACCCCAUUUCAGAAGGAGCUAGCCUCAUGGGUCAGAAGGCCAGGAGCCUCCUUGGAGCUGAGCCCCGAGAGGCUGGCU